AGCGUGUCUUUAUUUCAGUUCACGAUUCUCCAAGCACAUUCAUUAUACUCAAAGAUGUGUUCAUCUGUUGUGGUGUUGCUUUUCGCGGUGGCUUUUCCGUUAGAGAUUAUUGAAGCAGGAAAGGUGAGCGAGUUUCAAAUCUGUCGUGUUAAAAUUACUUUGACGAGCUGUCGUUUAGUAAACAUCUUAAACAGAGGGGACGGUUUUUGAACGUGACUUUCACUGGCACACCGUUAGGAUUAAAGAAGCCUAAUAGCAUCAAAUAGACAGAGAAUCGAAAUUUCUCAGGCGCGGUGCCUACAGUAAAAAAGCACAACUCUCGAACUGUGAAACCAAAACGCCACCAAAACGCACCAAUAACGCUAAACCAAGGUGUUAUAUAUAGCAACAAGAAAAAUGGCCAUGAAGCAGUCAAGAUCGCGAUCAACACAAUUGUGUUACAAAAAGUCAAUAGCCUGACUCUGUAUCACGAGAUGAACGAGCUAAUGUUCAUUUAUACGUUCGCUCUUACAUUGAGUCUUUAUUGGAAAUUUCCCCUCGAGCUGAUGGCCGUUCUAGCCACUUUAGCUGUGGUCCGUCAACACCCCAUCGAGAAGCUCUCUACUACGGAAAAUAAAUGUUGUGAGGAGUCUUGAUAGCUUGAGGUUCAGGUUUUUCACCAGCAUUCCCCAUUGUUUCAUCCCGAGGUUAUUCAACACUUUGCAAUAUGCAUUUAUUAUUUUGACGCUCAAUAUUGGAAUUUCCCCGGUUAUUUUUUUUAUCUGGGAACCGAAGCUGACUUUCGGUUCACCAAAUGUUCCUUCUUAGGUUUUCUAGUUUAACUAGGUGGUCUCAACACAAAAAAAAUUUUUUUUUUUUUUUUUUUUUUUUUUUAUUUAGGUCCCUCUCAAAAACAAGUUUGUUUUCAAGCAAAUUUUUUUACAGCAUGUUUUGUAGUAAUAAUUCUCAAGCUCAGCAAACCUAAGCAAACAGGUCCGCACUUUGGGUGCUUUGAGAAGUUAAUUGUUGAUCAUAACUUCAUUCAAAGUUAGCGCCGGGUACAUCUGUAAACGGAGUGGUGGUUGAUUGGAAAACACAGACGGUGUUUCUCGGAAUUGGGAAAAUUAAGUAAACAGCCAUAUACUACUGGUCAGUGGCACUUGCUGAACGUGAUAAGCUCAUAGCCACAUUCCUAAUUCUUUUAUUGUAUUUGUCUCAGUUUUCUCAGGGAAUCCACCUGGGAAAAAAUAACUUCAUAGCCCGAUCCUGCCUGGACUAUUUAAAAAAUGGAGUGUUUGAAAACGGUUUCUAUUGGCUUUUCGACGAUAAGUACCAACGAUACGUUGCUUACUGCGACCUUGAAUCGGAGCCGGGUGCAGCCUGGACCCUUGUCAUGUCUUGGAAUCGAGCGUCCAGAAGCCUACGCCAAUUCAGAAGCAGCACUUUUGCACAAGACGCACCAAUUAACCACAAGACGCCGAACUGGGACUCAUACCGACAGACGCUCUCUCGGAUGAAGGGCCUCCGCAGUACAUCGACACACUGGCGAGCAACCUGCAGCUUCAAUCACCUUGAUAACAUAGAUUACCGAGACUACGUAAGGGGAAGUUUCAGCAACAACGAUAUCAUGGGUUUUCUUGGACACGGCCAAUGCCUGUUGGUGGACUACGUAAAUAUCCGUGGACAUGCAGCUGGGCCUGGUACAACAGCAAGGUUCUGGCAGGUUCAUAACACCUACAUGCUUCACAUCGACAGCAGUGCUACUGGCUGUGGGUUCGUGCCCACUGCUGGGUCUUCACCCAGUGAGGACAACUUUGGUUUUAACCAGGCUUUCAAUACCAAUUUCCGUUGUAACGGAGGCGAUUUUUCCACAACACAGUGGUGGUUUGGUGGAUACCUGGCUGAAUAA